GAAGUGAAAAGGUGCUGAGGUAUGCAAGGGUUUUGCAAAACCCUUGUUUGCCAACUGCACUUGCUCCAGCUUUGAAAACGCGCGGUCACAUCACUUACCGCGACAAAGAGCGAUUCAAUCCGUCGAACAGAGCAUCGAAUUGAAUUGUGAUUUUCAAUCCGUCGAAUUUUUUGAAGAUGGCGACUGAGAUGGUGGGUUCGGUUCGUUUUGGGUUUAUGACGGAUGAAGAAGUGAGGAAACAGAGUUUAGUGAAAAUCACAAAUCCUAAUUUGCUGGAUAUAUUGGAGAAGCCAAUUCCUGGCGGACUAUAUGAUUUUGCUAUGGGACCUGUUGUUGACGGCUCUGAGUGUAAAUCAUGCGGCCAACAAUCGUAUAAUUGCACCGGUCAUUGUGGCCACAUUGAGCUUGUUUCGCCAGCUUACAAUCCGUUGCUUGUGAAUACAUUGAACACUCUUCUCAAUAAAGCAUGUUUUCAUUGUUUUCAUUUUCGAUCAAGCAAGGCGGAGGCCGAAAACUGUGUUUCUCAAUUGAAAAUGAUACAAGAGGGCAACAUUGUUGCGGCAAAGAAGCUGAGUUUGCGACGGAAGAUGGUAGACAAGAAAAAUGUGGAUUGGGCCAAUAUAGAUGAUGAUGCUGAUGCAGAGGAUAGUCAAGGGAGUCGUGCAUUGCAUUCUGGAGUCGUUUCUGAUGGUGAAAGUUACCACGGGCAUGAGAAGAAGGAGGCAUUUUGGGAUUCUACCCUGCUGACUGAAUCUAUGUCAGUUUUGAAUGAUUUCUUGAAGAGAAAAGAGAAGAAGUGCAAGAACUGCAAACGCUCGAACCCAAAGAUCACCAAGCCAACGUUUGGAUGGUUUCAUGCGACAGGAAUUUCCAGUACCCAAAUUAGAGCGAAUGCCAUACUAAGCGGCAGGUUGGAUGUGACACACAGCGGAGGAGGUGAGGAUAGGCCUUCUUCUGAGGUGUUAAAUGCUAGUGAUCAUUCAUGGAAGGAUGGAUCUGAUACAGCUGAAGUCCAUUCAUAUGCUGCCUCUGAUAGCCCCCAAAAGCCCCGCAAAAAAGGUGGAAAGCCAAAAAAAAUUCAAAAUCUGGGGUUGGAGGCAAAAGCUAAAGAUUUUUCAGGACCUCUCUUACCUUCAGAGGUUAGAGAUAUUCUGAGACGUUUGUGGGAAAAUGAAUCUGAGCUUUGCUCAUAUAUAUGUGAUAUUCAGCACCAGCACGAUGAAAUUUCUAAACAUAUGGCAGGCUAUUCAAUGUUUUUUCUAGAGACUGUUCUUGUACCUCCUAUUAAAUUCCGACCUCCAGCCAAAGGUGGCGAUUCAGUGAUGGAGCAUCCACUCACUGUUCUAUUAGGGAAGGUGCUGCAGGCAAAUAUUGCUUUAGGAAAUGCUCAUAUGAAUAAUUCUGAAAGCUCAAGGAUUAUUAGUCGCUGGAUGGAUCUUCAGCAAUCUAUCAAUGUUUUAUUUGAUAGCAAAACUGCAAAUAGUCAAUCUCAAAAAGAUUCCAUGGGAAUUUGUCAGUACCUUGAAAAGAAAGAGGGUUUAUUCCGUCAGAAGAUGAUGGGCAAAAGGGUCAAUUUUGCUUGCCGGUCUGUCAUAUCUCCAGAUCCUUACUUGGCAGUUAAUGAAAUUGGAAUUCCUCCAUACUUUGCUUUGAGAUUGACAUAUCCAGAGAGAGUGACUCCUUGGAAUGCUGGAAAAUUGAGGGGCGCUGUCGUUAAUGGGCCUGAUAUCCAUCCUGGAGCUACAACUUAUGUGGAUAGUGUAUCCACUGUAAAACUACCAAAAAACAAAAAGAUGCGUGUAGCAAUAUCUAGAAAAUUACCCUCUUCACGGGGUGUCGUGACCCAAUCGGGGAAGAUCAAUGAACAUGAGUUUGAGGGCAAGACUGUCCAUCGCCACUUGCAGGAUGGGGAUAUUGUGCUUGUAAAUCGUCAGCCCACACUCCACAAGCCGAGUAUAAUGGCUCAUGUAGUUCGUGUAUUGAAAGGAGAAAGAACCCUCCGCAUGCAUUAUGCAAAUUGCAGCUCAUACAACGCAGAUUUUGAUGGUGAUGAAAUUAAUGUGCAUUUUCCUCAAGAUGAAAUUUCUCGUGCAGAAGCUUACAACAUUGUUAAUGCUAAUGAACAGUAUAUUGUUCCAACAAAGGGUGACACUGUGAGAGGCUUGAUUCAGGAUCAUAUUGUAGCUGCUGUGCUUAUUACAAUGAAGAAUACAUUUUUUAAUCGGAGCGAAUUUAGUCAGCUGCUUUAUGGGUCUGGUGUGUUUGCAGCUGGGCCGGGUUCGCAUCCAGGAGACCGGAAAGUUUCAGUAUUAGAUUCUGAAGGUCUGGUGGAAUCUGUCUUGCCUGCAGUAUGGAAACCAGAGCCUCUUUGGACUGGGAAACAGGUCAUUACAGCAUUACUGAAUCAUAUCACACGAGGUUGCGCACCUUGUACUGUUAAAAAUCAAGGGAAAAUCCCAAAGAACUAUUUUGCUAGCGCCAGUUACAAAAAUGGAGAGGAAGAUCAAGAACACAAUGCUGAACAUGAUUUAUUAAUUUGGAAAAAUGAGCUAGUACGUGGUGUCAUCGACAAAGCUCAAUUUGGAAAGUUUGGUUUAGUUCACACAGUGCAAGAACUUUAUGGAUCUAAUAGUGCAGGCAUUUUGCUUUCUGCAUUGAGCCGCUUAUUUACACUGUUCUUGCAGUUUCAUGGGUUCACGUGUGGGCUAGAUGACCUCAUCAUAUUACCUCAUUUUGAUCUUCAGAGAAAGGAGAAACUUGAAGGAGAAGAUGUAGGUGAAGAGGUCCACUGCGAUUUUGUUAAGUUCAAACCUGGGCAAAUAGGCCCUGAAGAGCUGCAGUUGGAAAUUGAGAAAGUCAUAUGCAGUGACAGAGAAUCUUCAACUGCAACCUUGGACAUGAAAAUGAAAAAUAAAUUGACAAAUAGGCUAACUAGAGAAGGUUCUCAGAUACUCAAGCAUUUACUGACUAGGGGAUUGUUGAAACCUUUUCCAAAGAAUUGCAUCUCUGUGAUGACCACGACAGGCGCUAAGGGUAGUACGGUGAAUUUCCAACAAAUAUCUGCCUAUCUAGGACAACAGGAGUUAGAAGGUAAAAGAGUGCCUCGAAUGGUUUCUGGGAAGACUUUGCCCUCCUUUCCUCCCUGGGAUUACACAGCUAGAGCAGGAGGCUUCAUCACUGAUCGCUUUCUUUCUGGUCUCCGACCUCAGGAGUAUUACUUCCAUUGCAUGGCUGGUCGUGAAGGGUUAGUUGACACUGCAGUAAAGACAUCUCGCAGUGGAUAUCUACAACGUUGUCUGAUAAAAAAUCUGGAGAGCCUCAAAGUUUGUUAUGACUAUACAGUUCGUGAUUCUGAUGGUUCAAUCGUUCAAUUUUAUUAUGGAGAAGAUGGUGUUGAUGUCCACAAGACAAGCUUUCUGAAAAAUUUCAAGGCACUACAAGAUAAUCGAGAAACCAUCUGCCAGAAAUUUCAGAACCAACGUCAAUUCAAUAGUUACAUCAGCGAAUUGCCCAAGGGGCUUGAAGAAGAAGCCAGGCGCUAUAUUCAUGAAGCGCAAGAAAAAUCAUCAAAAAAACAGAUUCUUAGAAGACACAAAGGUAAAAAGAAGGAACGGUUGUUAGAGAAAGAAAAGGCAUUUGCUGAAGAGCAAGGCUUUUUAGAGCUGGUGAAGCAGAAAUAUCUAUGGAGUCUUGCAGAAUCAGGAGAACCAGUUGGUGUCAUUGCAGCUCAGUCAGUAGGCGAGCCAUCAACGCAGAUGACACUCAACACUUUUCAUCUGGCUGGCCGUGGAGAAAUGAACGUGACCCUAGGUAUUCCUCGGCUCCAGGAGAUUUUGAUGACUGCAUCAGAUGUCAUUAAGACUCCCAUUUUGACCUGCCCAUUCGCAGAUUUUAGAUCCAAGCGUGAUGUCGUGGCCCUAGUCUCAAAGGUGAAGAGAGUCUCUGUGGCGGAUCUGGUAGAGAGUAUGGAAGUUCGACUCUCAAUUGAUCCGCACAAGGUGUCUAGAACUUAUAAGUUGAAAAUGAAACUCAAAGAGACUGAGUUUGUGUCGUCACAGGACAUGAAGGAUACUCUCGAAACUGUGUUUCUAUAUGAAUUAGAGGAUGCAAUUGAAAAUCAUAUCAUUUUCCUCUCCAAAAUUAGUGGCAUUAAAAACUUCAUGUCUAGUUCGAUAUCCGGUGAAGCUGAUGAAGACGAAUCAGGGGCGAGAUCAACAGAAGUAGACGAUGAUGAUGACAAUGAUGAUGAUGAUGAUGACAAGGGAGAUGACCUCGAUUCUGAUGCACAGAAGAGAAAGCAACAAGCUUCUGAUGAACUGGACUAUGGUGAUGGAUCUGAUGUUGACCAUGGUGAAGAUGAGUUAUCCACAGAUACGGAGAAAAGGAAGAGCGACGUAGAUCUUGAGGAUAUGGAUACCAGCAAAGAUGACGGAACCGAUCGCUCCGACAAAAAAGAGGAUAUGGAUUCCAUCCAAGGCGGCAGUACAUCUGGAAGAGAUCUUUAUUCAGGAAAAGGUUUUUCCAGUAAGAAAAUCAAACGUGCUGUCAAGUUGGAAUUCAAAGGAUUGUCGUAUGAUGCCCACUUCAGAUUUACUGACGAGCCUCAUAUUUUGCUCGCGCAGCUUGCCCAGAGAACAGCUAAAAAGGUAUUCAUCAAGAGGACUGGCAAGAUGAGCCAAUGUAGAUUAGUACAAUACGAUCCCGACGAGAAAACAGUCAUCUGGAACGACACCAAGAAGCCAAAGAUGGGCGAGAACAGACCGGAAGCGGGUGCAGACGACGCGUUGUAUUGGGCAAUGAAGGCAUCGGGCGUGGACUUUAAGUCGCUCUGGGAGAUGCACGAGGACCUCGACCUGAGCCGUCUCUACUCCAACAACGUGCAUGCGGUGCUGAACACUUACGGAGUUGAGGCAGCUCGAGCGACGCUGAUACGGGAGGUGAAACAGGUGUUCGAUAUCUACGGGGUGAAGAUUGACUACCGGCAUCUGAGCCUGAUCGCUGAUUACAUGACGCAUACCGGUGGGUAUAGGCCGAUGAGUCGGCACGGAAGUAUAUCGGAGUCGUUAUCUCCGUUCCUAAAGAUGUCGUUUGAGACGGCGUCGAAGUUCAUUGUUGAAGCGGCGUCUCUGGGGCUAAAAGAUGACCUAGAGACCCCGUCGUCCAGGAUCUGCCUAGGUCUGCCUGUCAAAGUUGGUACAGGCUGUUUUGACUUGAUGCAGAAAUUGGAUUCUUGAUGCUCUCUUUUUUUGUGUUUUUUCUUUUGAGUUGGAGGGAAGUCGAGGAUUGUUUGUGUUGCUAUGAAAAACUUGUAUAAGAUUUUAUAUUCAAAUUGUGCAAGAUGUAAGUCAAAUUUUGAUCGAUAACAUGGAAUUUGGUUUUCAAACCCUAA